AUGGCAUUUUUUUUAUUAGUUGAGGUCACGAUUGACACCUGAAUGCAUGUUCGCAAAAAUAAUCAACCUUCCUGGGAGGCCCUCCUCAUCUCCCGCUCACACUUUGUGUGUACGCCGAGCGCGAUGCGGACGGCAGUGGCGUUGUUCCUCGUAGCGUUGGCGUUAUGGUGCUCACCGGCAGAUGGCGCUGGCAGCAACGAGGCAGGAAGGCGGCGGCGGCAGACCAUUUUGUCCUCGUGGUGGAGCUCAGGAAUCUGCCAGAACGGAGGAACAUCUGUCCCCAGCCUGACGACGGGCCGACACAUGUUUUGCAUGUGUACCGACGCUUUUGAAGGAAACUUCUGCCAAACACCCGUUGGCGCCGACUGCUACGAGGGCGUCGGAAUUUACUACCGCGGGUUCAUGUCCGUGUCGGAGAGCGGACGCCCAUGCCAGCGAUGGGACGACGACAUCAGGAGACGCUACCUCAGCUCUGACGUGGACGGCGGACAACACAACUACUGCAGGAACCUUCGCUUCAAGCGUCGUCCAUGGUGUCAAGUGUGGAAAAACCAGCAGCUGCUUUGGGAAUAUUGUGACGUUCCUCGAUGCGACGCCAGUAAAUCUGACCUUUUUUUUUUUCGACCUUUCAUGUCGGCGCGGUCCACCAAUGCCCCGCAGAUUACCCGACCGGUCCAACCAAUCACAUGGGCGGUGACUUAUCAACCACCACAGACCACACGAGCGGCUUUUUUUGUGAAACAGAUUUACGCUCUUGUAGUUCCAGCGAUCACGCCGACAGUGACCCAUCAACCGCCGCGGACCACACGUGCAGCAUGGAUGACGUGCGGGCGGCGGUCGCGCAGGAAGCAGAUGCGCAUCGUCGGCGGCUCCGUGGCGCCGGCGGAAUCUCACCCGUGGGUGGCGGCCAUCUUGUGGCGCGGCAGGUCCAAAGAGAAGGUCUUCCGUUGCGGAGGCACCUUGAUCUCCAGGUGCUGGGUCCUCACUGCUGCCCACUGCUUCCCCGACAGAUCCAUCGGCAUGGAGCGCCGCUUCCUGGUGGCACUAGGCAAGAGCAACUUGAACCAAAGCGACACCCUCGAGCAAAUGUUCGGCGUGGAAAAAAUCAUCCUGCACCCCGACUUCAACAAUGACGAAGGAAACUACGACAACGACGUCGCGCUGCUGAAGCUCAAGUCCAAAGCGGACGGUCGCUGCGCCCGUGAGAGCGCGGGCGUGCGGCGGGCGUGCCUGCCCUCGGACGGCCGGGACUUCCCGCCGGGCUUCCCGUGCGAGAUCGCCGGCUUCGGAAAGGAGAAGCACGGCCUGUGGUACCACUCACAGUCAUUGCGCCGGGCGAGCGUGGAACUGCUGGACAGCGCCGUGUGCCGGCGGAGCGAUUACUAUGGCGACAAGGUCACCGACAACAUGCUGUGCGCCGGCCGGCCCGAUUGGACGCAGGACGCUUGCGAGGGCGACUCUGGCGGCCCUCUGGUGUGCCAAAUGGACGGGCGUUUCGUGUUGUCGGGCGUGAUCAGCUGGGGCGAAGGGUGCGCCCGCGAACGUCGCCCAGGCGUCUACGCCAAAGUCAGCAACUACGUGCCGUGGAUACGACGCUACGUCCCUGUCUGACCACCGGUGCCAUAACAAAAUUCUUCCUUAAAUGAUUCUUUUAUUUUUAACAAAUUAUCUAUUUACAGAGCUAAACAAUUAUCGUUGAAUUUAUAUUUUUUAGAAAUUUUCAAUUAUUUUUUACCUUUAAAAGAUGAACGUGAUUUCCAAUGUUGUUUAUUUAAAUUUAAAAAAAGUUUGGCAUGAGUAAAUCUGUGCCACUGCGAGGGUUUGAAUUUGAAAUCUGAAUCAUCAAAAUACAAAUUCAGCCACAAAAAUUGCAGGUAAACCCCUAAGGGUCAUUUCUUGUUGAUUUGGGGACAUUAUAUGGUCACUCACAGUAGAUAUUUUGACGUUCAUGACCGUCAAUGGCAUCGACUUACAUAUGCUUCAAUGGAAUCCAAAUACAUUGGCAUCAAUAGAAUAGACAUAUAUGGCCAUCAAUGGCAUGGAGGUACAUUGGUGACAAUGGCAUGGACGUACAUGACUGUCAAUGGAAUCCAAGUACAUUGGCAUCAAUAAAAUUGAGAAAUAUGGCUGUCUAUGGCAUUGACAUGCAUGGCCGUCAUUGGCAAGGACGUACAUGCCAUCAAUGGCAUCGACUUACAUAUGUGUCAAUGGAAUCUAAAUACAUUGGCAUUAAUAGAAUCGACAUAUAUGGCCAACAAUUGCAUGGACGUACAUGGCCAUUAAUGGCAUUGACUUAUACAGCAUGGGCGCCAAUUGAAUGUCAAUUUUGGCCACUAGAAAUUAAUGGCACGACCUACACGGCAAUGGCAUCUCAUUAGAAACGAAUAGGAAAGUUUCAGGCGAAUUUUGCGGGAACCGUAGGUUGUUGACAAGUACUGUACACAAAUUUUAUGCCUCUUUACUUUCUUGAAAUUUUGGAUUAUGGUUUAUGAGAAUUGGAUAAAAAUUUUUGGACUAGAUACAUUUUGGGGGGGGUCCCCGAAAACACAGCAAUUUUGGU